GAAAGUGAAAGUAGAAUGUAAACAAACCCAAUUCAUUUUACAAGGUGAGAUAACACGCUACAGCCUACACUUAAUAAUGAUGCUUGCUUGAUAUGGAAAUUAGAAACCUCUGAUCGCUGUUGGCAUGAAAAUUUACAACUUCUACGGUAUAAUGAAUUUUUGAUAGUAUAUUAUGACGAAAAGAAUGGUAUCUAUAGCAACAGACAUCACCUCUAGAUUGACUUUAAACGAUGGAGUUUGUAUGCCGAUGUUUGGUCUUGGUAUGUAUGAAGCAUCUUCUGGGAGCGGAGGAGUGGCAGAAAAAGCAGUCGAGUACGCCUUAUCGAAAGGAUAUCAACUAAUAGAUACCGCAGAAUUUUAUGGAAAUGAAGCCGAUGUCGGAAAGGGUAUAAAGAAAUCCGGAUUUAAUCGAGAAGAUGUAUUCGUUGUCACCAAGUUAUGGGAUAAUGGAUACAGUCGGUGUAAGAAAAUAUUUAACCGUAGCUUAAAAAUGCUUGAUUUACAGUACGUAGAUCUGUAUUUGAUACAUUCACCAAGUAGUGGUCAAGUUGUGGAAACAUACAAAGCUAUGCUAGAGUUGAAACAGAAAGGCCUGGUCAGAUCAGUAGGUGUUUCUAACUUUGGGGUUCAACAUUUGGAGGGUCUAGAAUCUGCUGGACUUCCAACACCAUCAGUGAACCAGAUUGAACUGCACCCAUGGCAACAGAAACCGGAAAUAGUGAAAUACUGUCGAGAGAAGGGAAUUACAGUAAUGGGAUAUUCUCCUCUGGUUAAAGGACAACGAUUUGAUGAUCCUACUCUUGUGAAAAUUGCAAACAAGUACAAGAAAUCACCAGCACAAAUCCUUAUUAGAUGGAGUAUACAACAUGGGUUUAUUACCAUACCAAAAUCUGGAAAACCAAACAGAAUAAAUGAAAACAUGGAAGUAUUUAAUUGGGCUAUAGCGGAUGACGAUAUGGCUGUCUUAAACAGUUUCCCUGACAAGUCAUGUACCUGGAAUCCUUGUAAAAUGCCUUGGACAGGCUAAAAAGAUGAUGUUAUUAAACUGAUAUUGUUUGAAAUAUGUAUAAUUUUUAAUUUAGAGUUGAUAAACUACUAUUCAAUAGUUUCUUCAUUUGUGAGAGACUAUUUCACAAUUUCAAUAGGUGUUUGACAAUUAAGGAUAACUUAAAUGCAUGCUUCAUUUUUAAGAAUGUUGUUUAUGGUUGGAUUAGAUCAAUGAAUAACAUUAAAUUGCAUUUUUUUAUUGAUUAAUCUCAAAACUUUUCCUGAGUGGAUAUAAAUUGUAGUAAUUGUUUAAUAUUUAAUACUUCAUCAAUUUUACCGAUUGACCUAUUAAAGGGACAUUUGCUGUGAAUUUUAUGUUUAUCGGUUGGACAAAAACUUUCAUAUUUUAUAAAUAACAUACUGAAAAGAAUAUCCAAAUUACGUAAAGUCCAAAGAUACAAUAAAAAAAUGCGUGGACUCGCUUUAACUUUUAAGCAUUUCGUACGUAUUUGUUUUUACCAGAAGCCUUCUAAUUAUCCGUCGAGAUGAUCUCCGACGACUGCUGACGUCACACAACACGACAUAACAUAUAUGUAGACACAAACAUAAAUGUAGAUAUAAACAUAUGAGCGAAAUUUAGAAAUAUUAUUUUUUAUUCUGCUCCAUGAAUGUUUAAAACCAAGAAAAUAAUAUAUAUUAUUGUUUGUCGAAUUCGUAGCUAAUGUCCAUUUAAAUUUAGAAAGAUACGAACUUAUUCAUCAAAUACAUUUACACAGUUCUUGAAACAUCGAGAUGCAACUAACGUCAUACAUCAAAACAAGUUUGUUGUCAUUUUCAAGUUGUUCACAAAAAAAAACGUAUGUAAGAACAAUAACACAUUUUAAUAUUGUCUUGGACGACUACGCAAAGCAAUAACUCUAUAAAUCCAUCAUGAUAUAAUUCAUUGACAAAUUUCGAACCUCGAUCGGAUUAAUAACCGCAGUUAUCUGCAAUACUUUUUGCAAUUGUUUAAGAUCUUUUGAAGGUAACACUAACAUUCAUAAUUUUAAUCAUUUGUAUUAAUAUGAUAUCAGCGUUAAAUUUUAUAUUUAUUGGACCGGCGUUCUCUCUACUCCAUGUUGUUUGAAAUGAGAUGUGUUUUGAAUCAAAGUAAACACAUAUGGUUAGCACGCAUCGUCUUUUAAACACCUUUUACAGUUUUGUAUUUCACAUGUUUCAUGUUCGUUUCAUUUUCGUUCACUAGACUAAUCAUAAAUUAAAAUCAAAACGUAAUUUCUAAUUUUGUCGGAUUUACAAUCCCGUCAUCGUCUUCAUUCUCGAAUGUAACCUACCAAAUAAAAUGUAUCACCGGGUCUAUACUUAUAUUAACAACACGACGGGUACCAUAAAUGAAGCAGUAUCUGCCUACCAUUCCUGCGCACCUGAUACCAUCCCCGGUUUUUGAAGGAGUUUGUGUUGCUCUGUCUUUAGUUUUCUAUGCUGUCAUUGUAUACUGAUGUUUGUCUUUGAGUAUUUUUCUUUAUUUGUCAUGGCGUUAUCAGUUUGUUUUCGACUUAUGAGUUUGAGUAUUCAUCUGGUAUCUUUCGCCUUUUCCCCCAUAACAUGUCAUUCUGGAUUAUGGCGUCAUUUUUCGAAUGACGGAAAGUGGCAGAACUUUCUACAAGCCAUUAGACGAACUUCAGAAUCACUUCGAUUACGUUCCGUUACAAUUUGUUCACGAGAGGAUGUUUGAAAAUUAAACAAAUGGAUCCCUCUUUGGGCUUGCGAGAAACCUUAUUAUACUUUUCAUCAGGACGAAAGAAACACAAUGUGUUAAGCUUCUACUAUGGAACAUUAAGGAAGUUUGUCAGCUUUUGACAGAAAAAUAAAUAAGAGGAACAUUUGUCAUAUCUUAACGUUGAAACUACAAAACUGACAUAAAUGUCUUUUAUCUGUUAUUUUGAAAGCUUUUCCCUCUUUUUUAUAUGCUUAUCGAUUAUUCUCUAUGUUUUUGUUUAACAAACCACUGUUUAUUUUCCAAUCUUUAUUUUGUUUUUACAUUAUUUUCUAUCUUUAAUUUGUUGGACUAUUAUUUGAUAUUCUUUUUUUCCCCUUUAUUAUCAAUCUUUAGGGUCGAAUCUACAUAUUGUUUACUUGUUGACGGGAGGGACAAAUCAUACUUUAUCAAACGUUCACUCAUAACUGAUACUAUCAAAAUACUGAAUUUAUAGAUACAAGUUCUUAACAUAUUUGUUUUGCUUGAAAAAAGUGUUCCUUUUCCCAGUUCCGAAUCUUACCUAUUUGUUAUUUAAAAAAUGCGAUCGAUUUUAGACCUCUAGAAAUGGAUGUGUCCAUGCUUCUUUGAAGCUUUUAAACCAAGGGUUCCAAUUGAUGAAGUUGCAGUCAUCCAUUAGGAAAAUUAACAGUUGUCAUCACAAAUUUGUUGGCGUUAUCGAAUAUGAAUUCCAUAGACCAUCACUGAUAUUUUCCAAUUAUCACAAUCUCGUCCUCUUUUCUUCAACGAAUAUAUAUUUAACGAGCAACACGGUGGGUGCUACAUGGGGAACAGGAUCUGCUUACCGUGCUGAAUUACAUGUGAUCAGCUAUGUUUUCGUUGGGUCCGUGUUGUUCAGUCUUUAGUUUUCUAUGUUGUGUUUUGUAGAUAAGAGGCAAAAAAUACCAAAGGAUUUCGUCACACUCAUUAGUCAAAAACGAACUGACAAUGCCAGGACAAAAAACGAAAAAAAGAAAAAAAAAAAAAAAAAAAAAAAGAAGAAA